AUGGCGCUCUCGAUGAGCAAGGACUGGCAGAGCCUCAUCAGCCUCGACGCGCUAAACCAGGCCGACCACAAGCACGCGUGGAAGAGAUACCAAUCGAGUAACCGAUCCAAGCUGACCAACGAGAUCAUGGAUGGCGACUCCAUCAUAAUUUUGGAUGGGGACGGGGAGCUGCGCCGGAUAGUGUCCCUCGUGGCCAUGCGGAUAUACAACGAGCAAGGCCUGCUGCUCAUACAGAUGGGCAAGCUCAAGUCGGGGACGAUGGCGCCGGCGUGCCAGCUGCCAGGGGGCAAGCAGAGGCAGCGCGAGCUGGUCAUGGACACCCUGCAGAGACUGCUGGAGACGAAGAUGGCUCCGAUUGCUCGCAAGGUGGAAGCCCUGAGCAUCGAGCGAGAGGUCGAGACGCUACAGUCGAAGAAGUUUCACAUUCGCACUAAGUACUUCCGAAACGUGGUUCACAUGGCGUACGGGUGUUCAGCUCACGCGCCGUCCAUCUAG